AUGGGAAAGGGAAAAAAUAAGCAGCUAGUGGAGAAGGAGGAGAUGAAAAGUGAGGAAAAAAAGGAAGAGAAAAAUACAGGAAAUUCCAAUAAAGAAAUUGUGUUGAAAGUGUUCAUGCAUUGUGAAGGAUGCUGUCAAAAAUUUUCUAGAUGCUUGAAAAGACUUGAUGGAGUGGAAGAUGUUGUGAUAGAUAGUGCAAAUCGCAAGGUGGUUGUGAAGGGGAAAAAUGCUGAUCCACUAAAAGCCCUACAAACACUUCAGAAGAAAUACAGUAGAAAUGUUCAAGUGAAGGUUGUAGUGCUCAAAAUGUACAUGCAUUGUGAAGGUUGUGCAAAUGAUAUCAAGAAAUGUAUAGAGAGAAUAAAAGAAACUCUAAAUGUGGAAACAAAUAAGGAAACGUCAAGAGUGAUUGUGAAAGGCGCAUUCGAUCCACUGAAGCUUGUUGAAUCCAUCAAGAAGCGACAAAGGAAGCAUGUGGAGAUUGUGAAGCAAGAACAAGGAGAGAAAGUAGGAUCACAAGGCAAGGGCAAUGACAAUAAAAAAGGCACAGAACAAUACAAGGACAACAGCUAUUGA